AUGCGCCGUCCAACUCCUCUCUUUGUAGCCACGAGGUCACCUUAUUUUGUUCGUACUUUCCGAAGAGUUUUUGUAUCAAACAGCUUUGGAAACUUGGCCACCGAGGAAGAAAUUUAUUCUACUCUAUUGCGCAGAUAUGCUGAAACCUCUGACUUAGACCGAGGUAGAGCAAUUCAUGCGAAGUUCAUAAAAGGGUCUCCUCCCUUUUCUCUUUUUCUCCGCAAUCAUUUACUUAAUAUGUAUGCCAAGUGCGGCGAUCUUGUUAAUGGGCUCCAAUUGUUCGAGGAAAUGCCCGAAAAGAACGUGGUGUCGUGGUCAGCUGCCAUUGCGGGUCUCGUUCAACAUGGCCGUCCAUGUGAAGCUCUUUCUUUGUUUUGCCAUAUGCACCGCGAUGGAACAACCAAGCCCAACGAGUUCACCCUUGUUAGCGCACUCCAUGCAUGCUCGUUGUUGGAGAAUUUGACACGAGCAUAUCAAAUUUAUCCAUUCAUUGUUCGCUUAGGAUUUGAGUCAAAUAUCUUCUUAAUGAAUGCGUUUCUGACAGCUUUGAUAAGGCAUGGUGAAUUAGUGGAGGCUUUGGAAGUUUUUGAGAAUUGUCCUAAUAAGGACAUUGUGUCUUGGAAUGCCAUGAUGGCUGGGUUUUUGCAGUUCUCUUUUUCAAACAUACCGGACUUUUGGCGUCGAAUGAUUGGUGAGGGAGUGGAGCCCGAUAACUUCAGUUUUGCAAGUGUUCUUACUGGGUUGGCUGCCCUUUCUGACCUUAAGUUGGGAUUGCAGGUUCAUUCUCAGCUUGUCAAAUGUGGUUAUGGUGUUGAGAUUUGUGUGGGGAACUCUUUGGCGGAUAUGUAUAUUAAAAAUCAGAAAUUGGUAGAAGGGUUCAAAGCUUUUGAUGAUAUGCCUAUGAGAGAUGUGUGUUCAUGGACCCAGAUGGCUGCUGGAUGCCUGCAGUGUGGGGAACCAAGCAAAGCACUUGAGGUCAUUGCUGAGAUGAAGAAGAUAGGUGUAAAGCCAAACAAGUUUACCCUUGCAACUGCCCUAAAUGCCUGUUCCAAUUUGGCUUCCUUGGAGGAAGGGAAGAAAGUUCAUGCCUUGAGAAUUAAGCUCGGAACUGAUAUUGAUGUUUGCGUAGAUAAUGCUUUACUAGAUAUGUAUGCAAAAUGUGGAUGUGUGGAUAGCGCAUGGGCAGUUUUCUGCUCGAUGAAUGAUCAUUCUAUUGUCUCAUGGACGACAAUGAUCAUGGCAUAUGCAAUAAACGGCCAAGCCAGGAAAGCUCUUAAGAUUUAUGAUGAAAUGAGGCUGAAGGGUGUUCAGCCAAACUACAUAACCUUCAUUUCUGUACUAUAUGCAUGUGGCCAAGGAGGGUUGGUUGAUGAAGGGUGGGAGUUAUUCUCCUCCAUGACCAGUGAUUAUGGGAUCCCCCCUCAAGAGGAUCACUAUGCAUGUAUGGUAAAUCUUCUUGGCCGAGCUGGGUGUAUUAAAGAAGCCGAGGAAUUAAUCUUAAGAAUGCCAUUUCAGCCAGGUGUGCUGGUUUGGAAAACUCUGCUAGGUGCUUGUCAUGUUUACGGCAAUAUGGAAAUCGGGAAGCGUGCAGCAGAGCAUGUGUUAAAUCUAGACAGAAAGGACCCUUCAACAUACGUAGUGUUGUCUAACUUGUUUGCUGGUUUUAGCAAUUGGGACAGUGUUGGGAUGAUGAGAGAACUAAUGGAAACUAGGGAUGUGAAGAAAAUGCCUGGAUCUAGCUGGAUUGAAAUUGAAAAGAACCCUUCAUUUCUUCCCAAGUUUGGAGGAUUUACGUGAAGCAAGGUUGAUUUAGAAGCCAAGUUCCUUUUCUUUAAAUUUU